AGAUUUGCAGUCUUUCUGACAGGACCUCAACAGAGUGUUGCAAACCAACCCAUCUGGUUACCGUACUAACUUGCUUGCGAGUGGACGAACUACUUCGCGCUUUGUUCUACAAAGCCAUCAGUUCUAUCAAGUGACCUUUCUUUCAGUUUUUGAUAUGAUCUUCCGAUUUUCUUUUUCACGUAUAGGUUAAAAGUAUUUUCUGACAUCCUCAGCGUUUGUGUGCGGCUUUGCCCAAACUACUUUGUUCAUUCUGUUGCUAGCUAGCGGUUUGGCUAUUGUUCCCCAAGUGUUAUUGAGUUUCCUCCCCGCUGACCAAUCGGAUAUUUUUUUUUAUCUAACCAAGAUAGGCGGCUCGGGUACCAAGAUGUCGAACCGAAUGGUGUGCAGAGAAGCGAGCCACGCCGGCAGCUGGUACACCGCCUCAGACAUCCUAUAUAGUGCUUGUCAUGUGGUUUGGAAUGCAGCCUGAGGGGAGGUACCUCGUACUGAAAGAUAAUGCACUAAAUGAAUGAAAUUGAACAGCAAGGCCAAUAAUAGAAAUCUUGGUAACACAGUGGCUUAUAAAUGCUGUAUGAAUGAGUAUGAUUUUGUAGAUUUAAGAUGUCCCCAGCUGUUUUCAGAGGAAGGAUCCCAGCUGAAUGCACAGCUGGAGGGCUGGUUAUCUCAAGCACAAUCUACAUUAGGACCUGCUAGAGCCAUUAUAGCACCACAUGCUGGUUAUACCUAUUGUGGUGCUUGUGCAGCACAUGCCUACAAGCAAGUGGACCCUUCUAUUACCCGAAGGGUAUUUAUUCUUGGACCUUCCCACCAUGUGCCCCUGUCUCGAUGUGCUCUGUCCCCUGCUGAGGUCUACAGAACACCACUGUAUGACCUGAGGAUCGAUCAGAAGGUGUAUGCCGAUCUCUGGAAAACAGGCAUGUUUGAGAGGAUGACUUUGCAAACAGAUGAGGAUGAGCACAGCAUUGAGAUGCACCUGCCUUACACUGCCAAAGCAAUGGAAAGCUGCAAAGAUGAGUUCAGCAUUGUUCCGGUGCUGGUGGGAGCUCUGAGUGAAUCUAAAGAGCAGGAGUAUGGCAAGCUGCUCAGCAAAUACCUUGCUGAUCCCUCCAACCUUUUUAUUAUUUCAUCAGAUUUUUGCCACUGGGGUCAACGGUUCCGUUACACAUACUAUGAUGAAAAUCAGGGCGAAAUCUAUAGAUCCAUUGAGCAUCUGGACAAGAUGGGUAUGGGAAUUAUAGAACAGCUGGACCCUGUCUCCUUCAGCAACUACUUGAGGAAAUAUCACAAUACUAUUUGUGGUCGCCACCCCAUUGGAGUUCUACUAAAUGCUGUGGCGGAGCUGAAAAAGAAUGGUCUAGACAUGAACUUUUCUUUCCUCAAUUAUGCUCAGUCAAGCCAGUGCCGAAACUGGUCAGACAGCUCAGUGAGUUAUGCUGCUGGAGCUCUUGUAGUUCAUUGAGGUGAAUUCUUCGAAGACCCCAGAAACUUCCCAACUACUUUAAUAAGCCCAAGCGCCCUCAACCUCUCCACCUUCUAACCCUGUUUUCUUAUUUUCUCCUUGCCUUUUCCAGUGGAAGGACCUUAGAUUUGCUGAGAUGAUCUAUAAAGCAUUAAAUACUAAUUAAAUAUCUUCAACUAUUGCAACCCCUUCCUUUUUAUUUCUUAGUCAACUUGGUUAAUGCUCUAGAUUGAAGUACAGUAGCAGCCUAUGCUGCUAUGGAUGGUGUUCAGUUUUCAGUUUUUCUUGCAAGCUUUCCAGCAGUGGAUUUUGUAGUGUGAUGGAAUCUGCAAGGACUUUACCUGUCAAGUUCUUAAAUAUCUGUAAGAACGUUUGAUUCUGUUAAAGUUGAAAUAAAGUAAUCGAUAUAUCCAUAUUGA